AUACAUAAUACUACCGCUAGUCCAUAGUUCGUAUGGAAAAAAACGAGCAGGAGAGGAUUAAGAAUAAAUUGCAUUUACAAUAUGGAUGAGGGCAACCAAAUCUCCAUAGAUGCAAUAUGUCGCAUUUGUCUAUCAACAUUGCAAAAGAUUGAAGCCCACAAUCUGUUCGUGAUUCCUGGUCUGGCUAAGAAGUUCUGUGUGUGCACUUCGCUCUCGGUGGAGCAACAGGAUGGUUUUCCAAAAUGCAUUUGUACAAAUUGCUACAACCGGCUAAACGAUUUGCAUAAUUUUCAGAAACAAUGCGUAGAGUCCGUUGCCAAGUUAAUUGAUUUGUUGGGCAAUAACCAUUGCACUGUCCAAGCUAUGAAUGUGGACAACAUUGAUGUAAUUAAUGUUGCGCUACAGGAUAAGGACAUUGAGGUGCCACAAGAUAUUGACGUACCCAUCGAGGAUGAAGAACGCAUUAACUUUGAUCCACUACUUAAUACCAAAAUAGAGAUAAUUGAUAAUGAGGACGAGGUUUUCAAAAUGAUAGAAAAUGUUGACAAAGAAGCGAAUGGGCAACAGCAGGAGAAGGACCUCAUCAAUGAAAGCGAACAUAAAGAUAGUGAUGAUGUGGAUGUAGGGAAUAAUAGCGACUCUGACGAUGCCAUGCCUCUGUCGCGUUUACGCAGUACUUCUCGUGUUUUGGAAGCAAAGAUUAAGAAUACGAAUAUUGCUGCAUUUGAUAAUAAUUCAUCUAGCUCUGAAGUAGAUACAGAUAAAGUAAGCUUAUCCAAACGGAAACUAAAUACCAAGCGUAUUCCUGCGGCUAAGCGCGAACUUCAUAUCGAUUGUCAUAUUUGCCAUCAGCAAUUCAAGAAUGAAAUUCGCUACGAGGAGCAUAUGAAACAUCACAACGAUCUGUUGCCCUUCCAAUGUACUGUGGAAACAUGCAAGAAAGGUUUUACAACUGCUGCAGGGCUUCGACACCAUAUUGAUCAUGCUCAUCGGGAACUCUGCGAACUUCACGCCUGCACCGUAGAGGGAUGCGACCAAUCUUUUCCUCGAACGCGAAUGCUCACACAUCACCUGAAAAAGAUUCACAACAUAUGCAAACCUGAUAACCCCGUUCAUCCGUGCACGGAUUGUGAUAAGGUCUUUCGUUGUCCAACAGCCCUAAAAAAACACAUGUAUAAACAUACUGGCGAGGAGCUGCCCAUUUCCUGUAACAUCUGCAACAAACGAUUCCACAUAAACAGCGAACUCAGAGACCAUCUACUACGACAUGCCGGCGUUAAGAACCACGUUUGCCCUUACUGUGGCGUGGGUAAGACAACUCGACAGGAGUGGAACAAGCACAUAUUGACGCAUACCAAGGAAAAACAGUUCCAGUGUCGCCAAUGUGAUCAUGCCUCCCACAAUAAACAAGCUCUAGCCAAUCAUGUUAAGGUAGUCCACAUGAAGAUCAAGAACUUUGCUUGUCAGUACUGCGGCAAGACUUUUGGCAAAAUGCACGCCUGUAAGGUUCACGAAAGACUCCACACCGGCGAGAAUUGCUGUGAGUGCAAGAUCUGUGGCAAAAUCUUUCUUUUUGAAAAGAGACUGACCAAGCAUCUGCAGGUCCAUGAAAAGCGUGAAGUCAAGGCAUCUAAUGAAAGAACCCAAGUCGAUGAGGCUGAUCGCAAUGAACUAAAUUUAAACCAGGAGUCUACAGCACCUGCAGCUGCGAAAGCCGUGGAUGCAUCUGCCGCUAGGCCGAAAAAUUCACAUCGAGUUGAGCGUGUGGAUAUGUCUCAAUUGGCGGGUACCUCUGUCAAUCCAAUUACGUCUGUUUCUGUACCCUCCUGGUCGCCGCAGGUGAACUUCACUAAAAAGGAAGGCCAGCAUAUAUGCCCAGGCUGUGGACGUGGAUUCAACCACAUUGGCAAUAUGAAACUCCACUAUAAGGUUGUUCAUGAUAAAAUCAAGGAUUUCGCCUGUCGCUAUUGUCCCAAGCGCUUUGGCAAAGCGCAAUAUCUUCGCCACCAUGAAUAUACGCAUACGGGUGAGAGGCCGUAUGGCUGCAAAUUGUGUGAUAAGCACUUUAGCCACGGAUCAUCACUGCGAAAGCACAUGAUUUCACACAACAGACCCCCGAAAACACCAAAGCCUCCGAAGGCCACAGCUCAAAAAAGAGAACAUCAGAGGCCAAAAAUCGAGCUAAACAAGCGUCAACCAAAGAACUAUGAGCAGUAUCAGGAUCCUGCAGCCGAACGGGCUGCAGCUACUGCGGAAUUAUUUGCUCAAAAGAUUGAGGAGAGCGAAGCCAAACGAAGGGCAGAAGACAAAACACGAAAAAUUCAAGAGGCUGCGUGCGAGCAGCUGCAGAAGCUGCAAAGGGAACAGCUGAUCGAAAAAGUGUCUUAUGACAGUUUUCAAGUAGAAAGCUCCGAGACUAGUAUAAGAGUGGGUGCUCUUAAAGCACAUCAUGCCAGCACUAAGCACGACAAAUUUGUAUUUUAUCAAUUCGUAAAUUUAUUGAAGAUAUUCAAAAUGAAUGAAGGGAUGGAAUACUCUAUACACUCGAUAUGUCGCAUUUGCUUGAACCAUUUGCGAAAAGAUCCGGCAUACGACCUGUUUCUUGUCCCUGGCCUGGCCAAAAAACUUUGCGUGUGCACUUCACUCUCAGUGGAACAGAACGAUGGUUUCCCAAAAAACCUUUGCGGCGCCUGUCAUACAAGGCUCAACGACUUACACGAUUUUCAAAAGCUUUGUGUUGAUUCCGUACAAAAGUUUAAAGAAAUGGUCGCUAACAAUUACUUUGUUCCAGUUAUGAGCGAUGUUGACAAAGUGACUGUAAUCAAUGAUCCAAUGGUUGAUGGGGACGUGGAUGAGGAUCGCUUCGAUCCACUUCUAAAUACUAAAAUAGAGAUUGUGGAGGAUGAUGUUUUUAAAAUGCUGGAUGAUGUGGAUAAAGAAGUUCAGGAGGUUGAGAAGCAACUCUCAAGCGAGAGCGAAUGUGAUAACUAUGACGAUCCAGAGUUUGAAGUAAACAGCAGCAACUCUGAAGAUGCUUUGCCUCUGUCCCGUUUACGAAUUACUACCAGGGCAUCCAAAGCAACCGCGAAGGAGAAACCCGUAAUUGAUGAUGAUGACUCUUCUAGCUUUGAGUGGAAUACCAAUGACGAAGAGUGCAAGGAAAUACCUAAAACAAAAGCGAAACGCAAACGCGUUUCAAAGGCCGUAGCUUCACUUAAAACUGAUCAAUUUGAUUGCCACGUUUGCCACGAGAAAUUCAAAACCACCAUGCUUUAUGACGAACAUAUGAAACAUCAUAACGAUCUUCUUCCUUUUCAAUGUUCUGUGGAGACCUGUAAGAAGGGUUUUACCACGUCUACUGGGCUACGCCUUCAUGUAGAUCAUGCUCAUUCAGAGCUUUCCGCGGUCCAUGCCUGCUCUGUUGAGGGAUGUGGCAUGACGUUUCCCCGACCGGUUUUACUCACGAACCAUUUGAAGAGAGCUCACAAAAUCAUUACUCCUCGAGCUAAAGAUCAUCCUUGUACUGUGUGUGAGAAAGUUUUCCGUUGCUCGACGGCUCUUAGAAAACAUAUGUACAAGCAUACUGGAGAGGAGAAGCCGCUUGCCUGCAACAUUUGUAACAAACGUUUCCACAUAAACAGCGAGCUGAAGGAUCAUCUGUUGCGUCAUGCUGGUGUGAAGAAUCAUGUUUGCCCUUACUGUGGCGUGGGUAAGACUACUCGACAGGAGUGGAACAAACACAUAUUGACGCAUACCAAGGAAAAGAAGUUCCACUGUGAUCAAUGCGAUCAUUCGUCACACAAUAAACAGGCUCUGGCAAAUCACAUCAAGGUUGUGCAUAUGAAGAUUAAGAAUUACGCCUGUCAGUACUGCGGCAAGACAUUUGGCAAGUCGUAUACCUGCAAAGUUCAUGAACGAAUCCAUACUGGAGAAAAUGUUUGUGAAUGUAAAAUCUGUGGUAAGGUUUUACUUUUUGAAAGGAGCUUGACCAAACAUCUAAAGAUGCAUGAGAAGCGCGAGCUACGCGAAUCGAAAAAAUCUAAGAAACCACGAGCAGGUACUGCGCAAAACAAGCUGAAUGUUAAUGGGGAUGUGACAAAUCCAGUCGAGGUUAAACCUAUGCCAACGGAGCAAGCCAAGCCGAAAAAUUCAAAUAGGCUAGAGCGUGUUGAUAUAUCAGAGUUGGCCGGCACAGCCGUUAAUCCCAUUCCAACAGUCUCUGUGGCAUCAUGGUCGCCUCAAGUGAACUUUACUAAGAAGGAGGGGCAGCAUAUUUGCCCAGGAUGUGGUCGUGGCUUUAACCAUCUUGCCAAUAUGAAGCUGCACUUUAAGAUAAUACACUUAAAGGUGAAAGACUUCGCUUGUCGCUUCUGUCCCAAGCGAUUUGCAAAAGCUCCAGUCUUACGACAACAUGAGCUGAUCCAUACGGGCGAAAAGCCUUUCCAAUGCAAGAUGUGUGAUACAUACUUCCGACAGAAGAGCGUAUUAAAGAUGCAUAUAAAAAGAAAACACGUUAACCCGACAAGCCCGAAGCCUGCAAGGGAACCAAAACCAAAAAGAGUUUCGGAAGAAAAAAGACCGAAGAUGAAUCUCAACGAGAAACCGCCUAAGCUUCUUGAUGAAUAUCAUGAUCCUGCCUCAGAGGGGACAGCAGCAAGAGCUGCAUUGCUUGCCCAACAGAAGGAGGAGUAUGAAGCUAAGCAAAGGGCGGAAGAGGAAGCACGUAAGAUUCAAGAGGCUGCAUGCGCACAACUCCAUAUGCUACAGAAGGAGAAGCUUAUUAAUAAGCUACCCAGUGAAAGCUUUCAAGUAAAAAAGCCCGAAACUGGCAUCAGUGUGGACGAUCUUAAAAAAGAUUAGAUUUGAUUUGGGAUAGACAUAAUAUGUACUAUAAUAUUUAUGGUUAUACUUUUUCAUACAAUAAUUUUAGCUAAUAUAAAAUACUACAUACAUAUGUAUGUAUUUUGCUUAAAAACUGGAAUGGGAUUUAAUUAUUGUGUUUUUAUGUAGAUUACAUAUAUUAAGCAUUUCGAUAUGAGAUAUGCAUUUAAUAAACAGCUGAGAAACUCUUAAUUUAGUA